UCCUCUCUUUCUUCUAUAAACACCCCCACACGGAGACAAAAACUUACUCUUCAAAACUCUACUCUAAAUCAUGGCGGGUUCUAAGCCAACCCCAUACUAUACUCCAACCUCCAAACCCCCACCACCUUCUUACCUUUCUUCUUUACACUUGAAAAAACCCAAUCUUUAUUCCUUAAUUGCCAUCACUUUUCUCUGUUCUGCAUUUUACUUCACUGGUUUAUGGCAAAGCACCAACCGCAACACUAUCAUCACAACUUCAAAUAUCCAUACUACCCUCCCUUGUUUCCCUUCAACAAACAAUAAUUCCACAACUCCCAAAACUUCAUCGUCAAGAACCACAAAAAAACUAGACUUCGCUACUCACCAUUCCUCCAUUACUGCACGUGAUAACACCGUCAAGAUUUACCCUUCUUGUGACAUAAAAUACAGUGAAUACACCCCAUGUGAAGACCCUGAAAGAUCAUUGAAAUAUGAAAGAAACAGGUUAAUAUACAGAGAAAGACAUUGUCCUGAAAAGAAUGAACUCUUGAAAUGUCGUAUACCUGCACCUUAUGGUUACAAGAAUCCAUUUAAAUGGCCUGUUAGUAGAGAUCUUGCAUGGUAUGAUAACGUGCCACAUACAGAAUUGACAGUUGAAAAAGCUGUUCAAAAUUGGAUAAGAUAUGAAGGUGAUAAAUUUAGAUUUCCUGGUGGUGGAACUAUGUUCCCUAAUGGUGCUGAUGCGUAUAUUGAUGAUAUUGGCAAGUUGAUUAAUCUUAAAGAUGGGUCCAUUAGAACCGCCAUUGAUACUGGCUGUGGGGUCGCGAGUUGGGGAGCUUAUCUUUUGUCAAGAAAUAUCAUAGCCAUGUCAUUUGCACCUCGGGAUUCACAUGAAGCACAGGUUCAAUUUGCUCUCGAGCGAGGGGUACCUGCUCUAAUUGGAGUUAUUGCCUCCAAAAGGCUUCCAUAUCCAUCUAGAGCUUUUGACAUGGCGCAUUGCUCGCGUUGUCUCAUUCCGUGGGGUGAGUAUGAUGGAACGUACUUGAUUGAAGUUGAUAGAGUCCUGAGACCUGGUGGAUUUUGGAUCCUCUCUGGCCCUCCGAUCCGUUGGAGAAGAUAUUGGAAAGGCUGGGCAAGGACCAGAGAAGACCUAAAUGCUGAACAAAAUAAAAUCGAGCAAGUAGCUAAGAGACUAUGUUGGAAAAAGUUUGUUGAAAAGGAUGAUAUUGCGAUAUGGCAGAAGCCAUACAAUCAUAUGAAGUGUACAGGAUUUCGAAAGAGGGUAAAAAAUCCACCAAUGUGCCCUGCCCAAGAUCCUGAUAUAGCCUGGUAUACAAAGAUUGAGACUUGCUUGACUCCUUUACCUGAAGUUUCAAGUGAAGAAGAGGUGGCUGGUGGACAAUUGGAAAAGUGGCCUAAAAGAUUACAAGCGAUACCGCCGAGGAUAAGCAGGGGUACUGUAGAUGGGGUCACUGAAGAAGUUUUCCAGAAGGAUUCACAGCUAUGGAAAAGAAGAGUUUCAUAUUACAAGUCCGUGAAUAACCAGCUUGGCGAACCAGGGAGAUACAGAAAUAUCUUAGAUAUGAAUGCAUUCCUAGGUGGCUUUGCUGCAAACUUGAUCAAUGAUCCUGCUUGGGUGAUGAAUGUAGUUCCUGUUGAGGUUAAGGUCAAUACACUUGGUGUCAUUUAUGAACGAGGGCUAAUUGGAACGUAUCAGAACUGGUGUGAGGCUAUGUCAACAUACCCAAGAACAUAUGAUCUCAUCCAUGCUGAUUCAGUAUUUACUCUCUACGAAAGCAGAUGUGAAAUGGAAGAUAUUAUACUAGAAAUGGAUAGGAUAUUAAGGCCAGAAGGAAGUGUAAUAAUCCGAGACGAUGUAGAUAUAUUGAUCAGAGUGAAGAGGAUAGCGGAUGGAUUGAAUUGGGAUAGUCAAAUUGUUGAUCAUGAAGACGGGCCAUUGGAGAGGGAGAAGCUUUUGUUUGCAGUAAAGACAUACUGGACAGCUCCAGCUACUCAAGGAUCUAAAACUACUUAAACACUCCUCUUUGUAAUUUUUUUUUUUUUUUAAUGUUUUUCUUCAAAGUUCCCUUCUCUGUUUUGUUCAUCCUCUGUUUCUUUUAUUCUUUUACUUGUUAAAUUCUAGUAGUAGUAGUAGUAGUAUUACUUGCAAAUUGUAAACUCUAGGGUUUUAGUAAUUCUUCAGCAAGUCCAUUGUAGUCGUGAGUUCUGUACAAAUGAUAAGCAGAUUUGCAACGCA